UCCUGAAUUUCUUUCAGCACUGGGGAAACCAACCUAUGCACCAAAUAUGUCUAAAACUGGAACCAAGAUCACUUUCUAUGAAGACAAAAAUUUUCAAGGCCGCCGCUAUGACUGUGAUUGCGACUGUGCAGAUUUCCACACUUACCUAAGUCGCUGCAACUCCAUUAGGGUGGAAGGAGGCACCUGGGCUGUGUACGAAAGGCCCAACUUUGCUGGGUACAUGUACGUCUUACCUCAGGGAGAGUACCCUGAGUACCAGCGUUGGAUGGGCCUCAACGACCGCCUCAGCUCCUGCAGAGCCGUUCAUCUGCCCAGCGGAGGCCAGUAUAAGAUUCAAAUCUUUGAGAAAGCAGAUUUUAGUGGUCAGAUGUAUGAAACCACUGAAGAUUGCCCUUCCAUCAUGGAGCAGUUUCACAUGCGAGAGAUCCACUCCUGUAAGGUGCUGGAGGGUGUCUGGAUUUUCUAUGAGCUACCCAACUACCGUGGCAGGCAGUACCUGCUGGAGAAGAAGGAGUACCGGAAGCCCAUCGACUGGAGUGCAGCCUCCCCAGCUGUGCAGUCUUUCCGCCGCGUUGUGGAGUAAUGAUGUGAAUGAGGCCCUAGGCUUCUUCCUGGGGCCCAAAUGCUGGCUGGCCUUUUGGUCCAAAUAGGCAUCAUAAAUAAAACAGUUGGCAUGCAUCCCA